CUUACAAACCAUUGUGGAAAUUGCAAUUCAUCGAAUUUAUAAAUCUUGUUUAUAUAUAUAAAAACAUUAUUAUUUCAAAUAUUAUUACUUCUGGAUGAAGUAACAUAAUCAGUCAGUAAUACCGAAAUAUCUUUAUCGUUUGAUUUUUACUCCUACGUAGUCUGUUAUUAUUGAUGGAUCUCAAACUAGGCUACCUAUGUAAGUACAUAUUUACAUGCAAAUUUCAGCUGUAUAUACGUACAUUUGCGCGCAUACACAUGUGCACUAGUAAUUUCAGUUUUGCCUGUGUAAAAGCAAUCCACCUGCGCGUCCGCAACUUCGCACAGUCAGUCUAUAGCGUUAUUGCAGAUUGAAAAGUACUUCCCUUUGUAAUUUUUUGGAGAAAGUUCUGUCUUUGCCAUCAAUCAGAAAAAUCAAAUAACAAACGUUACCAAUUAUUUCUACACUUAUUUUCGCUGAAAUUGAUCAUUAUAUCAGCCUAAAAAAAGCAUUCCUUUAUUAUCAUCGGUUGAAGAAAAAUUUUCAAGUAUGAGCAGUGAACAUCUUGGUGCUGGCUCCCAGAAACCAGCAGAAAUAAAAGGACAAGCGCGUUUAUAUAGCAUGAAAUUUUGUCCUUUUGCCCAGCGUAUUCGGUUAAUACUGUCUUACAAAAAAAUUCCUCAUGACAUCGUUAACAUCAACUUAAUGAAUAAGCCAGAAUGGUAUUUUGAGAUUCAUCCUGAAGGUAAGGUGCCAGCAUUAGUUGAUACCGAUAAUGGGGAGGAACGUGUUUACAAAGAAUCUAUAGAUAUAGCAAACUAUUUGGAUAAAAAAUAUCCCGAGCCACCUUUAUACAAUGAAGCAACAAAGGCUUGUGAUUUGGAGCUCUUAGACCAUUUUUCCAAAAUUGUUACAAUUUUCUCAAAUUGUAUACAUGGUAAAGACAAAAGGAGUUUGAAUGAAAUUACUGCUGAAAUGUCAAGUUUGUUAAAAGAGUUUGAAAAAGAAUUAGAAACUCGUGGAACUAUUUUCUUUGGUGGAACUCGACCUGGAAUGUUGGAUAUAUUUAUGUGGCCCUGGGUUGAACGAAGAAAAAGUUUACCUUUAAUCUAUAAGGAACCAAUGAGUCCUAAUGAUGGUAGUUUUACGCAUACAGCUGAAUGGGUUCGAAAUAUGAAAGCCCAGCCAUUUGUGCAAGAAAACGAAUGUUCUCAUGAAAAGUUUGCACAGUUAAUCGAAAAUAUGAAUGCAGGAAAAGUUGACUUUGAUAAACUAUAAGAUAGUUACUUAUUUGGAAAAUAAGAGUACUUCCACGACAUGUGAUAUUACACACUUUAAUUAUUAUCAUUAAAAUAUAAAAAUAAUAUAAAUUUAACAAUUACGCGUACAAACAUACGUGAGUUGAUACUUAACUUAGAUUUUUGAAGCUAUUCAUGUUCCAGUAUUACAGUAUUCAGUUAGUAAAUCUUCCAGUGACUAAUCACAAAACAUCGAAUAAUGUUUUUAUUUCUAUAAUUAGGAUUCAAUAAAUUGUAAAAAGUAAUGUUCAAGGACUGUAUAACGUAUAUCUACUACCACGACAAUAUACAUAUAUACAUUGUAAACAUGUCCACUGCACUAGUGCUACAGUUUUAUACGAAAUAUUACCUCAUGACCUUUAUUAUAAAUAUACAAACUCCCCUAAAGCAA